AUGCCUGAGUCCGGUUCCGGAGUACCGUCGACUCUCCGAGCUCCACGCCGCAUCCGCCGUCGUCGCCUGCAGCAGAAUAUCGGACGUCGACGCAAAGCACCUGUCUCUCAGACGGGCCGGCAAAAAGUCGGUGUACCUGCUCUACCGGGACGACCUUGUUAUCGGAGACGUCAAGUUCGGAAACGAGAGCGAACACAAGAACGUGAUCGUCGUCGAACACGUGCACUCGAUGGUGGACGAUCCGAAGACGUUGUCGUCCUUCGUAACAUCCGCGCUCAGAUUUUGCAAGUACAGGUCGAACAAAAUCGAACUUCCGGUAUUCAACAAAGACGAGCGGCAACGACUGGUCACGGCGUUCGGGGGCAGAGCUGUGGCGUCCGACGACUGGAAGCGAUUGACGAUGGACGUCGAAGAGCCCGUUCCCCUCAUCAUGCCGAGAGGCGAGAAGGACGCCGUGGCAACGAAACGUUCGGACAGUUACUUAGAUUCUCGCGAUCAGGACGUGUCGUUCGCAAAACGAGGUAG